UAUUAUCAUUUGGAAACACUCAGUAUAGUGUUAUUCUCUGUUUUUUAUAGACCUACAUGGGAUUGCAGUUAUGGAAAAGUACUCCAUGUGUCGCUAUUCACCAGCUGAAGCCAUAUCUCCCCAACCAUAUCCUGCUGUAGGCUGUAAGGAAAGGGGGAGACUCAUUUGAAUACAGUGUAGGCUAGCGAAAGAACCCAUCACUUGGUAGAACAUAACACGUAUUGACCCAGUCGCUUUUUUCAUUUUUUCCAACUGAAAAUAUAUUGUUUGAUCACCAUACUAUUGGAAUAAACGUUGGUGUCUGAAAAUGGAAUGCAAGGGAUUAUCGUUCUCUGCCUCAUUGCUCGGCCUGGCUUUGUUUCUUUUCCUGCUGCGCACCAGCUAUGGAGACGUGACCUAUUCUUUUCCGGAGGAGAUGAAACGCGGAUCUAUGAUCGGGAAUAUAGCCAAGGAUCUCGGCCUGGAUCCAAAAGGACUGUACGUCCGUAAAGCUCGCCUCGAAAUGGAUGGUAGCAACACACUGUAUUGUGACAUUAACCUGAGCACUGGCGACCUGAUUGUUGCUGAGAGAAUGGACAGGGAGCAGCUCUGUGGCAGAAGGGUUUCGUGUGUAUUGAAAUAUGAAAUGGUGCUCGAGAAUCCUUUAGAAUUACACCGCGUCGUUCUUCAGAUACAAGAUAUUAAUGACAAUUCACCACAAUUCGCGAACGAUCGCAUUACGCUAGAGAUCAGAGAAUCAGCCGUUAAAGGCGCUCGAUUUGCGGUCCAUCAGGCUCAUGAUGCAGAUAUAGGACUGAACGCUGUUCAAAGCUACACACUACAAAGGAACGACCAUUUUAGUCUGGCCGUUAAUACAAUACCUGGUGGGGGAAAGUAUGGGGAGUUAACGUUAGAAAAAGAGUUAGAUCGAGAACAACAGCAGGAGGUGACUUUAUUACUUACUGCUGUUGAUGGUGGGACUCCGCAGAGAUCUGGUACUGUAGUUAUACACGUCACUGUGCUGGAUGCUAAUGAUAAUGUCCCAGCAUUUAGCCAGAACGUCUAUAAGGUCAGAAUACCUGAAAAUGCACCCCUGGGUACUGUUGUAGUGACCGUGAGCGCCACAGACGUUGACGAGGGACAAAAUGGCGAAGUGGUGUAUAUAUUUGGUCCCAUUUCAGUUGAAUUGAAUGAAUUAUUUUCUCUUGACCCUAAAACGGGUGACAUUAGUUUAUCUGGACAGAUGGACUUCGAAAAGGAGUCCGUUUAUGAAAUUAGCAUACAGGCCCAGGAUAGCUUGGGGUUGACGUCCUUUGCCAACGUUGUCAUCGAGAUUACAGAUGUAAAUGACAAUGCCCCGGUAAUAUCUCUUAAAUCUUUGACCAAUCCCAUCCCUGAGAACGUGUUACCUGGCACAGAGGUGGGGAUUAUUAAUGUACAGGAUAAAGACUCGGAGGGAAAUAGACAGGUCCGAUGCUCCAUUCAACAAAAUGUUCCGUUCAAACUAAACCCCUCAAUCAAAAACUACUAUUCUCUGGUAACAACAGUUGAACUAGAUCGUGAGAUAAUAUCAGAAUAUAACAUAACUAUCAAUGCCACUGACGAGGGGACUCCGCCUUUAUCCUCAUCAAAGAUCAUUCAUUUAUCUGUGUCAGACGUGAAUGACAACCCACCUGUGUUUGAAGAACAAUCCUACAACGCCUACAUGACUGAAAAUAACAAGCCUGGCUCCUCUAUGUGUUCUGUUACUGCCAGAGACCCAGACUGGAGACAGAACGGCACGGUGGUCUAUUCUCUAUUGCCCAGUGAGAUUAAUGGUUUUCCGGUGUCCUCAUUUUUAUCAAUUAACGGAGACACGGGGGUGAUCCAUGCUGUGAGAGCAUUUGAUUAUGAGCAGUUUAGGAGCUUCAAAGUCCACGUUGUAGCCAGAGACAAUGGUUCUCCUCCACUCAGCAGUAACGUGACUGUGAGUGUCUUCAUAACAGAUGAGAAUGAUAACUCUCCCCAGAUAUUAUACCCUGCUCCAGCAGGGAACUCAUUGAUGACUGAGAUGGUCCCUAAAGCUGCUCUGGCGGGGUCUCUAAUUUCCAAGGUGAUAGCUGUGGAUGCUGACUCUGGACAGAACGCGUGGCUUUCAUAUCACAUCGUGAAAUCGACUGAUCCUGGACUUUUCACUAUUGGUCUCCACGGUGGAGAGAUCCGGGCACAUCGGGACAUUUCUGAAUCGGACAGUAUGAAGCAGAACCUUGUUAUAUCAGUGAACGAUAACGGACAGCCCUCUCUCUCUACAACCUGUAAUGUAUAUUUACUCAUAUCAGAUAACUUGGCUGAAGUUCCAGAACUGAAAGACAUGACUUAUGAGGAUAGUUCCAAACUAACUUCCUAUUUGAUCAUUGGUCUGGUCUCUGUUUCCACCUUUUUCCUGACUUUCAUUAUUCUCAUCCUGGCCGUGAGGUUCUGCCGCAGUAGAAAGCCUAGAAUGUUGUUUGAUGGAGCAGUCGCCAUUCCCAGCGCGUAUUUCCCUCCAAACUAUGCAGAGGUGGAUGCAGCUGGAACUCUGCGCAGUUCUUACAAUUAUGAUGCAUACCUGACAACGGGCUCACGCACCAGUGACUUCAAGUUUGUCAGAUCUUACAAUGACAGCACCCUGCCUGCUGAUGUUACACUGAAGAGGAGCCCAGAUAAUGUAUUAGAAGGGAGUAUCAUCACGCUCAACCCUGCAGGAGACUCUGAGGUAACCCAUGCCUUUAUUUUGCAUUUUAUGAGGAUGGUUUGUCCUACGUGGCUUUGAAACGAAAUAAUACUUAUUUGUUUCUUGGCAAUAGCAAACUUCCUAACGUGAAAGGCCCAACGCUAUGUUUUAAUUGCAGGUUGUAUAUUAUAGUGAGCUAAACAGCAUUAGUAUGCUCUUCUAGUGUGAGAGAGUAAGGCGCAACAUGAAGUCAUCUGAAGGGUAUACAGC